UCGCCGGAGCCCUGCAUGGACGGGCAUGGGCCAGCGGGCAGCCCCGUCCCGCGCCGCCGCCGCCGCCGCCGCCGCCCCGGCCCCGCCGCGCCCGCGCCCGCAGCUCCGCCCGCCGCCGCCGCCGCUGCUGCUGCUGCUGCCGCUGCUGCUCGGCCUCGGGCUGCCGCACGCAGGCCACUGCCAGCAGCCUGCCCAGUGUCGGAUCCAGAAGUGCACCACGGACUUUGUGUCUCUGACCUCGCACCUGAACUCCGCCCUCGACGGCUUCCACUCCGAGUUCUGCAAGGCCCUGCGUGCUUAUGCUGGCUGCACGCAGCGGACGUCCAAAGCCUGCCGGGGCAACCUCGUGUACCACUCCGCAGUGCUGGGCAUCAGCGACCUCAUGAGCCAGAGGAACUGUUCCAAGGACGGACCCACGUCCUCCACCGACCCAGAGGUGACCCAUGAUCCUUGUAACUAUCACGGCCCAGAAGGGGCCAGAGAACACAGAGGCGGGGACGAGAGUUCCCCCAAUUACCUUUUUUGUGGUUUGUUUGGAGAUCCUCACCUUAGGACAUUCAAGGAUCACUUCCAGACCUGCAAAGUGGAAGGGGCCUGGCCGCUCAUUGACAAUAAUUACCUGUCGGUUCAAGUGACAAACGUGCCGGUGGUCCCUGGAUCCAGUGCCACCGCGACUAAUAAGGUGACCGUCAUCUUCAAGGCGCACGGCGCGUGCACGGAGCAGAAGGUGUACCAGGCCGUGACGGACGACGUGCCCGCCGCCUUCGUGGACGGCAGCGCGGGCGGCGCCAGCGUGCGCGUGGAGGCGCGGGAGGGCGGGCGCGUGGCCCUGCACGCGCGCCACCUGGCCAGCACCGUGCUGGUGCGCCAGCUGGGCCGCUACCUGACGCUGGCCGUGCGCAUGCCCGCCGCGCUGGCGCUGGCCCACGACGACGGCCACGACCUGCAGCUGUGCGUGAGCGGCUGCCCGGCCGCCGAGCGCAUCGCCGACGGCCCCGGCCCGGCCGGCCUGGCGCCGGGCCCCGCGGGCUUCACGCUGCAGAGCGCCCGCGCGCGCUGCGGGGACACCAUGCCCCAGCGGGACAUCUACUUCCAGUCGUGCGUCUUCGACCUGCUCACCACCGGCGACACCAACUUCUCGGCCGCCGCGCUCAGCGCCCUGGCCGACGUGCGCGCGCUGCACCCGCGCCGCGAGCGCUGGCACCUGCCACCGCGCAGCGGCCACGCCGCGCCCCCGCAGGCGCGGGUGGGCGCGGGGCUGCUGGGCGCCCUCCUGGCCCUGGCCCUGGCCCUGGCCCUGUAG